UAUGUGGUUAGACUUAAUUAUUUUGUUACUUGCUCUUACUCUUGGAUAUGUUUUCCGAAUAUAUUUUAGAGGAAAAGAAUGCAUAAUAAGAAGAGAUAUCUCAAACAAGAUAAUUCUUAUCACAGGAGGGAGCAAAGGAAUUGGCUAAGAGACUAUUCGAUAAUUAGCAAAUCAUAAUUGCACAAUAAUAUUUGGAAGUAGAACUAAACCAACUGAAUUUUUAAAUCAAUUGAAUAAAUACCAUCCUAAAACUACUAUUAAAUACAUUCCUUUAGAUUUAUAAAAUUGGAAAUCUAUAUAAUAAUUUGUUGAAUAAGUUAAUAAGGAAGUAAAGAAAAUUGAUAUUUUAAUCAAUAAUGCUGCUAUAAUGGGUACCUUAACAAGAUAAUUAACAUAAUAUGGUUUGGAAGCAUAAUUUGGUACUAAUUAUUUUGGACCCUUUUAUUUAACUUAACAAUUAGUAAUUGUUAUCAUUUAAAUUAGUUACCAUUAUUAAAAAAAUCAGAUAGUCCUCGAGUAAUUAAUGUGGCUUCUGUUGCUCAUACAUAUGAGGGAUUAGAUUUUAAUGAUAUCAAUUGUGAUAAAUGGGCUAAUAGUAUAUUUUGGAGUAGAAUUUAUACUUAUAGAGCUUAUGGUAACACUAAAUUAAGUUUAAUAUUGAAUGCGUAAGAGUUCUCAAAACGAACUGGUAUUAAAGCAUGUUCUUUACAUCCCGGUGUUGUUAGAAGUGAAGUUUUGUAAUAUUAGUUAUCUGCAAAAUGGUUUGAUUGGUUAUUAAAGAUAUUAUGGCCAUUCUUUGCCUAUUUCACAAAAGAUUGUUAUUAUGGAUGUCAAACAACACUUCAUUGUAUUAUGAUGAGUGAUGAUUAAUUGGUAGACGGUGGUUAUUAUGAUAAUUGUGAAUUAUCUUAACCUAAAUACACUUCUAAAUAGAGAGCUUAAUAAUUAUGGGAUUUUACUUUAGAAUUAAUUAAGAAGGUUGAAUAAGAAUAAAAAUGAA